AUGGCGAAUCCAACCUAUCUGAAUAAAGAUAAGGAAGAUCAUAACGUCUCAGCACCGGACCUCUAUAGCCUACUCGCGCUAAGUACCAAUUAUGGUACCGACAUGGCCUCAGAAGGCUUGAUGCUUUCGCGUAGCUUGUUUGGCAAAGACGCCCCAAGAGAUCAUUUUACUGCGACAUCUUCGUCUCCAACGAUUUCCAGUCUAACAGACGCCCAUAGCUUUAAGCAGAAGUCAGACUCUACGAUCAAGUCUUCACUUGGUCCCAUGUAUCUUGCUCGCGAACGUACAGAUUCAGAGAAGGCUGUCAAUGGGUCAGACAUUGAAACUCUAAUUGACAGACGGGUGAUGUUUCAAGAAGCUACGGUGAAAGAGCUAGCGGGUCAUAUUCCAAACGAUAAUAGUGACGAGCUGUAUCGGCGUGGGAUAGAGGCCGAAGCUAUCAUCAAUGGUACGGAUCGCGCUCUCGGCGGCCAUUUCGGCAGCCACUUCGACAAAGAAGUCUCAAACGAUCUUGGGCUGUGGCCUCUCGCAGCCUCGAAUCGUGAGGAAGCAGAGGCAAUGGUCGAAGGGCUAGAGCGCGCUUACGGAGCGAUACAUAUCACUCUUUAG